CACCAGGACUCCCGUUCACACGCACCCCCUCCUACUUUUGGCGAUACACGACUUUGCUGGGACGAAUCAAUCCAGAACAAGUUUGAGAACGAUGUCGGACAAUACAAUCAUCAAGCCCGAGAAGGAUUUCUCGGAUACGCUGCUCGAGGAGAUGCCGAAGAUCGACGAGCUGGCUAAGACCGAUCUUCAAGCUGCAGUGGAGCGUCUUCUUGCUUUAGAGAAGCAGACCCGUCAGGCCGCCGAUCUCGCAUCGACCGAGAAACUUCUCAUCAAGCUCGUCAAUCUAUUCAAGGACGCCGGUGACUGGAAGGCAAUGAACGAGCACAUUCAGAUUCUCUCGAAGAAGCACGGUCAGCUGAAGCAGGCAAUUACAGCGAUGGUGCAGGAGACCAUCAAGUUCCUAGACGACGUGCCUGAUCUGGCUACCAAGAUCGAGACUAUUGAAAACAUUCGCGUGGUGACCGAAGGAAAGAUCUUUGUCGAAGUCGAGAGAGCGCGGGUCACGCGCACGCUUGCAAAGAUCAAAGAAGAGCAAGGCGACAUCGCGGCUGCCGCGGAUUUGAUGUGUGAUUUGCAAGUCGAGACAUAUGGAUCGAUGGACAACCGAGAGAAGACUGAAUUUAUUCUAGAGCAAGUGCAGCUAUGUGUCCUGCGCGACGACUUUACCCAGGCUCUGAUUCUCAGCCGUAAAAUCUCGACCAACUAUUUUGAUAAUGACGAUGUCGAGGAUCUGAAGCUGCGAUACUACGAGCUGAUGAUCAAGAUCUCGCUUCAUGAUGAUAAGUACCUAGAUGUCUGCAAGCACUACCGCGCGGUGUACGACACCGCGAGUGUCCAAGAGGAUGAGACAAAGUGGAAAGAGGCCCUACGCAACGUCGUUUACUUUAUCCUCCUCUCGCCCUACGAUAACGAGCAGUCCGACCUGAUCCACAGAAUCGCCAAGGAGCCCCGGUUAGAGCAGAUGGUGGUCGAGAGCCAGCUGAUCAAGAACUUCACCAAGGUUGAGCUUAUGCGGUGGCCUUUGACUGCGGAGGCCUACGGACCUAUUCUGCGGGCGACGCCGGUGUUCAACGUUUCUGAUCCAAAGGGCGAGACUAGAUGGGAUGAUUUCCGCAAGCGGGUCAUUGAGCAUAAUAUUCGGGUGAUUGCAAAGUACUAUACUAGAAUUCAUACCUCGCGAUUGAGAGAUUUGCUAGAUUUGUCUGAUCAGGAAACCGAGACGUACUUGGCGAGACUGAUCACCCAAGGAACAAUCUACGCGCGUAUAAACCGUCCGGAAAAGAUCGUCACCUUUGACGCGCCGAAGGACGCGAACGACGUACUGAACGAGUGGAGCAGUAACAUCAGCGGUCUUUUGGGACUUGUCGAGACGUUGGGCCAUUUGAUCAACCAGACUGCGAGCGCAUAAGUAUAAUGUAUGAUUCCCACGCGUCGUCGGUUAUACGGGAGUGUAUAUAUAUAUUUAUAUUGUGUGAUUUAGACAUGUGGUUGUAUCUCGGUAAUAAUAUCACGUAAGAUGAAGCAUUUAGAUGAAGAG